AUGGCUGAAAUCGGCGGUGUUUUGUCUGGAGUAAACCCAUUUCAUUAUAACCCAGGGUCACCGAUAACACUGUUUUUAUUUCAAGUAUGUCUCAUAUUAGCUACGUGCAACUUGGUACAUAUACCGUUUUCAAAGCUGAGGCAGCCGAAGGUGAUAUCAGAAGUUACAGCAGGUGUAAUAUUGGGCCCAACUGUUUUUGGACAAAUACCAAAUUACACAGAAACUGUCUUCCCCCAAUCUUCUAUUCCAGGCUUAAACUUGACGGCCAAUCUCGGAAUUAUUUUAUUUAUGUUUUUUUUGGGACUGGAGGUUGAUAUUGCAUUUAUAAGAAAGCAUUUAAAGUCUGCAAUUUCCAUUGGCCUUGUAACAUUAGCAGUUCCAUUUGGAUGUGGUUGCCUAAUAGCCAUUCCACUAUACUCAAACUAUGCAAAUAAAGAUCCAAAUGCGAGACAUAUUAAAUUUACCGUAUUUAUGGUAUUUAUAGCUGUUUCUAUGGCAGUAACUGCAUUUCCUGUAUUAUCCAGAAUUCUGAAUGAAUUACGGUUGAUUAAAGAAAGACCUGGCAUUAUUGUUCUUGGGGCUGGGAUUAUCAAUGAUAUUUUAGGUUGGAUUUUGUUGGCAUUAAGUGUUAUUUUGUCAAGUGCCGAGUCAAGUCCAGUUAAUACUGUCUACAUUCUGCUAAUAACAUUAGGCUGGUUCCUAAUAUAUUUUUACCCACUGAAAUACAUUGUUCGUUGGGCACUAAUUAAAACACAUGAAUUAGAUAGAAGCAAACCAUCACCGAUAGCCACCAUGUGCAUUCUUUUCAUAAUGUUUAUUUCUGCUUACUUUACUGAUAUUAUUGGUGUGCAUGCUAUCUUUGGAGCAUUUAUAGCUGGUCUUAUUGUUCCUAGAGAAAAUCACUAUGUUGUGAAAUUGACAGAAAGGAUGGAAGAUAUACCAAACAUUGUUUUGAUUCCAAUCUACUUUGCUGUAGCUGGUCUAAAUGUAGAUUUGACACUUUUAAAUAAAGGAAAAGAUUGGGGUUACGUAUUCUUAUCCAUCGCAGUAGCAAUUGCAAGUAAAGUAGUAUCAGGCACUGCCAUGGCUAAAUUGCAUGGGUUGUAUUGGAGAGAAUCAAUGGCAAUUGGCGUUUUGAUGUCUUGUAAAGGUAUUGUCGAGAUUGUUGUAUUAACUGUUGGUCUAAAUGCUGGCAUCAUAAGUCACAAGAUUUUUGGCAUGUUUAUUUUAAUGGCUUUGGUAUCAACUUUUGUCACAACACCAUUAACACAAUUAGUUUAUCCAAAUUCUUACCGAGAGCAAUUAAAAAAAGAACAGCCAUCUGAUAACGAAUCUACCGUUUUAAUUCAGAAGGACGAUUCGACGGACUGUGACUAUCAAAAUAAAAUGAACUGGCAUGAAUUAAAACAAUAUUCUAUACCAAGAGUAAUUAAUGUCAUCAAUACGCCAGAGAUAAUAUCAUCAUCACUAGAAUUUUUAAACUUUUUCCUAUUUAAAGGAAAUGUGGAUAAACAGCCAAGGUCAUCGAACAAAGACCUGCUGAUCAGCAGAGUAUCUACUGGUUCAACAAUUAAAUCUUCAUCUAAAUUAAAAAAAUUAACACAUUCUCUAAAACGUAUGAAUGAGGAGUCAAAUGAGAAAAUGGCGACGAUAGGAGAAUAUCCAACUGGUUUUAGUAACAUGUCUACGUUGAGAGCAAUCCAUCUAAGAUUACUAACAGAAAGAACAACCGACUUACUUCAAUCUUCCUCAUUGUAUAACGAUGACCCACUCUUCACUGCAAACUCCGAUUACAUUCUCAAUAUUUUUGAAAUCUUCUCAAAUCUAAGUAAGGUACCAUUUACAAGUGAAGUUAUUUUUUCCACCAUGCGUGAGAAAGGCGUAAAUGCCACUAGAUUACAAAUGAUGCCAAAUGAACUAGUUCUCUUUCCUUUGAAGGGAGCUUCUUAUGAACAUAAAGGAAGUCCUGGCUUGAGUGACGAAAAGUAUUCCAGUUUUGACCAUUUCUUGUCGCAUAUUAUUGGCCUAAAUGAGCUCCCAUCUAUUUUUUUCCAGACGUUAGCUAGUGAUUUGAAAACAAAUUUUGCUAUGCUAAUAUCGAAUACAUGUGGAAGAUUGAGCAUAGAGAGAUUCAAGAAGAAACAUUUCAUUCUAUUACUACCUAAUCCCAAUAUGACACACUCUGAUUUUCUAGGCUUGUAUAUCCUUUUGAAGCUUUGCUAUAACGACUCCUUGAGCCAUGAAAAUAAUAUAUUCAGCAUUUACUAUAAUAACAUGAACACCAGAUUUGAAGAAGAGUUUCAAAAUCUGAUAGCCGACCAAUAUUGGUUUGAUGAUGUGAAUUUAAAAAUCUCCAGUAUUACUGCUAGCAUAAAAACUGAGGGUGAUUACAGAACGAAACCAUUUGUCGAAUCAGUGCUAGAAAAAGGUCUCAGUUCAGAGGAACUGGAAGACCUAGAAGAAAGCACAUUUAUUAUUGCUGAAAAUAAAUUUGAUAGGAAUGAACCAUUUGAAAAUGAUGUCAAGAGUACUAUAUAUGAUGCUGCUAAUAAACGCUUCAAUGUCCUCAUUGUUCAUUAUUUUAAUCGCGUGAACUUCCCACAUAAAAGCUCUUUUAUAUCAACCGAAUAG